GGGAUCAAAAUCAGAACUCGGGCGAGGUGACAGCAGCGCCCCCAUGACUGUGCUUCUGCAAUAGGCAGGCAAGCAGGCUCUGUGUUGAAAUCUUCUCUACAGACCUCAGGAGGAACUCAGGACGAUCCGGGACAACUGGUAGCCCUGCCGCUCCCCUCGGUCUGGGUCUAUCUCUGACGUUCGGUAACCUUGCUAAUCCCUUUCAGGCUCUGAGUUUGCCCCCCCUCUUCAAGGUGAGGCUCCUGGCAGUCCUGAGGACGCUACUCCGGGCGCCGUAGGCUGGGGAUUGAAUCGAGCACUCCUAGGACUGGCGGGGAGUGAGCUCCCUGUCGGCUGGUGCCAGCCACUUGCUCAGGGUGCCAGGAGAAAGGGCGCGCUCCUGUCUCCCCGCUGCACGCAGGGGUUUCCCGGAAACCGGCUGCUUUGAGGAGCUGGGCCGCGCUCCCGCUGUGGUCGCCUAAACUCAGACUCUGGAUCGGAAAGGGCAGCGGAGGCAACCCUGCCCGGGGCAAGGGCUGGGGCGACCUCUCCAAGACCUUGCUCUCCGGCCUCCCACGUGAGGCACAGGUCCGGGGAAUCAGCGCUUGGGCUGUCAUGGGACAACCCAGUGCUCUGGAGCAGAGCUUCCUCCUGCGCUUGCAGGCGGCACGGCUGAGCCAGCCUUGAAGCCCCUGCGGGGUCCGCAGCUGGGCGCACCAGGGCCGGAGCACAAGGCGGGGACAGCGAGGAGCCCCGCCCCCGCCACCCGGGCCUCCCUGCCCUCCCCCGCGCCUAGCCUGGGAUGGGGGUGUGGUCCCGAGUCUGCUGUGGCAUCGAGCUUUGCUCUGAGCUCCUGGGAGCGCUCCAAAACCCGCAGCCGGUUUCCCCGGGAACGGUCUCCGGCAGCGCGCCCCAGUCUGCCGGACCCCCGGGAACGUUCUGACACCUUGGGGGACGCCCCGGCCGCAAGACACUGUCCGGAGAACGCCCUUACCGCCUCUUACUGCAAGCUGCAGAGUAGUGGUGGGAAGCAUGCGGGACUACGACGAGGUGAUCGCCUUCCUUGGCGAGUGGGGGCCCUUCCAGCGCCUCAUCUUCUUCCUGCUCAGCGCCAGCAUCAUCCCCAACGGCUUCAAUGGUAUGUCAGUCGUGUUCCUAGCUGGGACCCCGGAGCACCACUGCCGGGUGCCGGACACUGCGAACCUGAGCAGCGCGUGGCGUAACCACAGUAUCCCGGUGCGGCUGCAGGACGGUCGCGAGGUGCUCCAUAGCUGCCGCCGCUACCGGCUCGCCACCAUCGCCAACUUCUCAGCGCUCGGGCUGGAGCCGGGGCGCGACGUGAAUCUGGAGCAGCUGGAGCAGGAGAACUGCCUAGAUGGCUGGGAGUUCAGCCAGGACGUCUAUCUGUCCACCAUCGUGACCGAGUGGAACCUGGUAUGUGAGGAAGACUGGAGGAUACCUCUCACCACCUCCCUGUUCUUCGUAGGCGUGCUCCUUGGCUCCUUUGUGUCUGGGCAGCUGUCAGACAGGUUUGGCAGGAAGAACAUUCUCUUCACGACCAUGGCUGUGCAAACGGGCUUCAGCUUCCUGCAGAUUUUCUCCAUCAACUGGGAGAUGUUCACCGCGCUAUUUGUCAUCGUGGGCGUGGGCCAGAUCUCCAACUACGUGGUAGCCUUUAUACUAGGAACAGAAAUUCUUGGCAAGUCAGUUCGUAUUAUAUUCUCUACGUUAGGAGUGUGCACAUUUUUUGCAGUCGGCUACAUGCUGCUGCCACUGUUUGCUUACUUCAUCAGAGACUGGCGGAUGCUGCUGCUGGCGCUGACGGUGCCGGGGGUGCUGUGCGUCCCGCUGUGGUGGUUUAUUCCUGAAUCUCCCCGGUGGCUGAUAUCCCAGAGAAGAUUUAAAGAGGCUGAAGAUAUCAUCCAAAAAGCUGCAAAAAUGAACAAUGUAGAGAUACCCGCAAUGAUAUUUCAUCCUGCAGAGUUACAGGAGCUAACCUCCCUGAAGAAGCACAAAGUUUUCAUUCUGGACCUAUUCAAGACUGGGCAUAUUGCCACAAUGACCAUUAUGUCUGUACUGCUAUGGAUGCUAACCUCCAUAGGUUACUUUGCUCUUUCUCUUGAUGCUCCUAAUUUACAUGGAGAUCCCUACCUGAACUGUUUCCUCUCUGCCUUGAUUGAAGUUCCAGCUUAUAUCACAGCCUGGCUGCUACUUCGAACCCUACCCAGGCGUUACAUCAUAGCUGGGGUACUGUUCUUGGGAGGAGGUGUGCUUCUCUUAAUUCAACUGGUACCUGCAGAUUACUACUUCUUCUCCAUCAGUCUGGCCAUGUUGGGAAAAUUUGGGAUCACCUCUGCUUUCUCCAUGCUGUAUGUCUUCACAGCAGAGCUCUACCCAACGCCCAUCAGGAACAUGGCUGUGGGGGUCACAUCCAUGGCCUCCAGGGUGGGCAGUAUCAUUGCUCCCUACUUUGUUUACCUCGGUGCUUACAACAGAGUUCUGCCGUACAUUCUCAUGGGCAGUCUCACUGUCCUGAAUGGAAUUAUCACCCUUUUUUUCCCUGAAAGCCUGGGAAUGACUCUACCAGAGACCUUAGAACAGAUGCAGAAACUGAAAGGGUUCAGAUCUUGGAAAAAACAAAGACAAUCAAUGGAGAGAGAAGAAAAUCCCAAGGUUCUAAUAACUGCAUUCUGAUAAAAUUUCUACACCAUUUGGUGAACUGGAAAACUGAUAUAUAAGACCCUGUGAACAAAAACUUUCCUGCUGAAAUGGAUCAACUAUAACAAUUAACACUAAAAUGGACUUUGCCAUCA